CGCAAGAAUAACUGUUAAAAUAAUGUAUUCGGUAAUUAAAUCUGAAAAACCAAUUUGUGGAACCAAGAUUAAGAGCAUUCCAAAUGUGUGGUUCCGUGGAAAAAAUGUAGAAAAAUUAUUUGUAUUUCCGGAAAAUUUAUCUUCGAAGCAAUUUCUGAACGCUGUCCGGAACAGUUUUCAGCCGACAUCAUCUUGGAAGACUUAUCGAUGCGAAAUAUUGGAGUCGAAGUUCAAAACGUACGAAUUAGCCAAAGCUGCGGAAGACAGGAUUAGAAAGAAUUUGGAGGUACCGAAUGUGCCGGACAGUAGUAGUAGCACGCGCAUCCAACCUACGGUUGGUGAAAACCCUUCACAGCAAAUGGCUAACUUUGACGCUGCUGAAAUGGAGAAAAUAAUAUCGGAGAAAGUAGCUUCUGCCAUUCAAAAACAUUUCGAAGAUCUUCAAGCAAACCACGGCAAAGAUGCAAUAAACGAGGAUAUUGAAAAGCAAGUGCAAUCGAGUGACGAACGGUAUAAAGAAGCGGCAAAUACCACAUAUGUGGUAGCUAGUGUGAAUGACGUUCUUUUCGAAAUACAAGCAAUGCAAGUUCAAGAAAUCGAUAUUAUUGAUUUUGAUGAUUCGGUACUCCCUGUAAAAGAACAAGGAGCACUAGAAAACUUUGAUACAGUUCUUGCCAAAAAUAUCGACCAUUACCGGCCGAGAUAUCAAAACAGAGGGGCCGAGAAAUUGUCAACAUCGAUGCGCAUAAUUGGCAACGAAAUAAUCUGCGACAACUAUCUGAGGCAAUUUUCAUAUGGUGGUCGCGGUCAAAAUGAAAAUUUCAGCAAAUACAAGAACGUAUGCGACCUCAUUUGUUUCUCGACAAUGGACGCAUUUAAUCAAUUCAACAAUGAGAACAUUACACUAGCCGAGGUCGAAACGUACUUUCGUACGAAUUACAUACGUUUGGCCAACCAGCGCUACCAGAGAAGUUUGAAGAAACAAAAAUAAUUUUCUAUUCAUUUUUGUUUCUGCGAUUGACGCUACGCUUCAAUAUACCUGAU